UCUUAAAAAUAAAAACGCGAACCGGUUGGUGUUUAAUAUUUUUUGUGACCGCGCACAAGAUGCCGUUGAUUAGAAUUGAUCCGUACCAAAUCCCUUUUAUAGAACAAACAACUGUGUGUGUCCUUUUAUUAGGGUUUGAAUUUAUUUUUAUUCAGAUAUAGAUGGGGCGAGGGAAAGUUGAGCUGAAACGGAUCUCAGAUAAAAGCAGCCGUCAAGUCUCCUUCUCGAAACGACGGAAUGGAUUGAUGAAGAAAGCUCAUGAGCUGGCUGUCCUUUGCGACGUUGAUCUCGCUCUUUUUGUCUUCUCCGGGAAGAAUCGCCUGUUUGAGUAUUCCACCGGUGACAGCAGCAUGAACAAGAUUCUCACUCGCUACCAAAGCUACAAAAAUGCAGAUGAAAUCGUCCGCAGAACAGUACAUGAGAAGCUUGCGCUAGAGUUUAACGAAGUAUGGACCGCUGAUAAGUUAAUGCAGAUCACCCAACGCCACCUCGAAGAGAACAAAAUCCAAGAGUCAGAUAUCAGUGAGCUGUGUCAGUUAGAGAAAGAGAUCGAGAGCAUGAUGCAACAAGUGAGAAUCAGAAAGACACAGAUUAUGUUGGGAACUGUGAAGGCUCUGCAAGAGAAGCAAAAGCAGCUGCAUGAAGAGAAGCAGUUCAUGGUAGGCGAGAUAAUGGCAGCUAGGAUGAACGAAAACAAUGUUGAUGGUUGAGGUGCCAAGACAAUCCAUGUGAGCUUUGGUAUAUUGUGUAAUAAUCUCUUUUAUGCAUUCCUAUGUAGUUCCUUUCUGGUAAAAUUGCCGAGCUCUGGGUAUAUUGUGUAAUAGUUUGUUUCACACGUCCCCUAUCUAAAUCUUGUCUGGCAGAAUGCCACUGUUAUAUUGCAUUGUUCAAUUAUAAUAAUGUAUAUUAACACCA